CUUUCACAACUGAUUUAUGCAUGAUUGAAGUGCUUCUAUCGUGUGGACCCGGAGCAUGACACGCAGGCGCGUCUCACUUUGCGUGGCGCUUGCGAGAGGUUGACACCGCAGCAGUGGUACAACCAAAAGUUCACCAGCGCUAGUGCCUUCUGGGCUAACAAGGGUAAGAGGGUCAAGAAGGAGUACUUUGUUGGUAACGAGCCUACGGAGGAAUGGGCAAUGACCAUUGAGGAGUACAUGUCGGUUUGUCCGGAGUGGGCCGAGCAGCAUAGGGAGGCAUGGGAGGAGCUGAUUAGGGCGAGGUGGCUCAGGCAGGACGAGGAGUUUGCAGCCGUGUCGAGGCGUAACAUGGAGAACCGAGGCACCGGUGGCACACACUGCGCGGGAAACCGCGACUACACCCGCUUCAAGGGGAAAAAGGUGGCCGAGGCACCACCUGGGGUGGUGCUUCAUGAUGCCCAGAUAUAUGACAUGAUGCGGACGAGCGGAAGCCCAAUCCCGCAUUGCCUCAGCCACAGUACUACGGCAAUGCCAAGGCCGCCAAGGAGGACUACUGCGACAUGGUCAAGUCUCGUCACCCCGAGGUGGAUGACCCCUUGAGCAUUCCGGUCGACGAGGAGUCGUUGGUCCUGUCGGGGCACGGGCGUCCGCAUGGCCGUUUCCCUUGGAUGAAUAAGGCGGUCAAGCCUACCCACUCCACGAGCUACACGCGCCUCAAGCAUACCCUCACCGCCGACAGCCCCCAGCCUCGUCCACGGCCUGCUCGUCCACCCGCCUACGAUCCUGACUUCGAGGCGGCCUUCGAAGCCUGCAAUGAAGCGUAUCAGCAGGCCGCUGCGCAGUGGAAUAGGCAGAAUACGGCCUACAUGGCGUACAUAGGAGAAAUGAUGAUCUCUAUGUCUACUGGUACACCGCCACCGGCUCGAGUUACCGUGGCGGGGGACAUGCCUAUCAUGCCAUCGAAGGCAGCUUUCGCUGCGACUUACUACGGAUCCACACCGGAGGGAACGGGAUGGUCCGGGAACCAGGCAUCGCCGGGUGGGCGCGAGGUCACACCGGUUCAUGAAGGUGGUCGGUCUCCUGGGCGUUCUGCUGGUGCCUCUCCGUCGACUACUCCUGGGACUACUCCCGGUGCCUCUCCGUCGACUUCUCCUGGGCGUGCUACCGGUCCUUCUCCAGGUGGUUCUUCUGCAGCUUCUACCGGAGCGAAACCCCGGGCUCCUCGUUUCGCCAACGAUGUGGGCGGACACACCCCGCCCGGGUCCUUCCUCCGCUAGUCGGCACCGGGCUUCUUGCUUGCCAUCAUUUGCUACCUACUACUAUGUAUUGGAUGACAUGGCACUCUCCUCUUGUAUGCUACUACAUGCACCAUGUAUGCUACUAUGUGGAUUUCAUGCUAUUUAUGUGAAUUAUGGUGAUUUUGGAUGAAUUUG